AUGCUUCUUGAGAAAAUCCAUCUCCUGGCAGCACAUGGACCCGUCAAUGUUUAUGAUGCUUUCAGGCUAAUGACCACUGAGGUCAUCCUGCAGUUUGCAUUCGGAAGAAGUGGGGGCCUUAUUGAAGAGGAUAAGAACGGUUUCCGCUCCUGGUUUCUGGAGGGCUUUGACGCCGCUUCAAAAAGCAUUCCCGACUUGCAGUACAAGCCAUGGCUUCGACACCUCACCAAUAUCAUCCCGCAAGCCCUUGUGUACAAACUAAGUCCGGAAAUUGGAAAUUUGUUGGACAUUGCAAAGUUCGCUGAAGGCUCUGUGCGUUUCUGGCAGAUGUCAACAUCUAGACCCGAUCAUCCAGUGGUGUUUGAGAAAUUGGAGACGGUCAAUGAUGCAGACCUAGCAACCGAGGCAAUGGAUAUACUGAUUGCCGGUGCCGACACUACAGCAUCCACUAUGACAACCGGGUUGAUCCAUAUUUUGACCGACCGUGAAAUUGAGCGUCGAUUGGUCGAGGAGGUAGAUUCACUCCAGGUUAACGAGAAAGGCCAACUUCCCCUUCAGGCUUUGGAGAAGUUGGAAUUCUUGGUAGGUCUUCUUGCGCUUCCUAUUCCAGUCGAACUGUGUUAA